AUGCCCUGUCAUAGAUACACACCAAAAGACGUUCUUGAGCUUCAAGCACCUACGGAAUCCUUCCUGUGUCCAUUAAGCGCAAACAAGUACGGAAUAGAAUUUUUGCACUUCUCCAUCUCGGACUUUGAGUCCAAGCGCAAAAUCUUUGAGAUUGGCAAAGAUCGGCCAGGCAAGGCUACCCUCAAGAUGGAACUUGGUCAUGCGCGCGGAGAGAGUGCCUACCGCACUAUCCGCUACGAAUUUUCUGAGGACGUGUUGCGACUUCCAGCCAUUGCCACGGAGCUUGAGUUUUCUGUAGGAUCGCACGAAGUGCAUAAUUUGCGCAUGAUUGAGCGCCACUACUUUCGUGAUGAAAUUGUCAAGAGUUUCGACUUCAACUUUGGCUUUUGCAUUCCAUCCAGUUUAAACACAUGGGAGACAAUUUACGCCUUGCCUCCGCUGGACGAAAAGGUCAUCAGUGACAUGGUGGCACAGCCGUAUGCAACAGUCUCCGACAGUUUUUACUUUGUAGGAGAUGAAUUGAUAAUGCACAACAAGGCUGAAUACAAGUACAUCCCUGAAGAUAGAGCGCAAGCUAAAAAGUCUUACGAUCACAGUGACGAUUAUGAUGACGCAAAGGGCGGCGCUAAGGAAGGAUCAAGUCGCGUUGAAGAAAAAGGAUCUGGCUUUAAAAGCACAGGAAGCUGCACUAAAUGGUCAAAAGAGGACGAUUACGAAUAA